AUGUUUGUGUUGCAUUUUGCAGGAACAAAUCAGCAAUAUCCACCAACGUUUGCUGCAGCAGCAGCAGCAGCUGCUGCUGGUGGCGGAGGCGCAACAGCCAGUGGUUGGUCACAAUCUGAUAUUGGAACAAAUCAACAAUAUCCACCAACGUUUGCUGCAGCAGCAGCUGCAGCUGCUGCUGGUGGCGGAGGCGCAACAGCCAGUGGUUGGUCACAAUCUGAUAUUGGAUUUUAUUACAGUGCAGCAUCCAAGAAUUUUUCAGAGCAACAACGGGUAUGGGGAGCCAUGACGGGUCAGACACAAACGAAUCGCACUGCCACUACAGCAUUUUGUGGUGGCCUAAGCCAGAAUAAGCUAUGGCCAAACGAUGAGCAGCAACAGCAGCAGCAACAACAGGUUUGGAGUGGCGCUCAACGUCCUCCGGCAUUUCACACCGGCCCACCGCCACCAACUGCUGCAGCUGCUGCUGCCGCUUAUGCUGCUGCUGCUGCAGCCGCUGCUAAUGGUUUGCUUUUCGUUCAUAAUGGUGCUGGUCUAGUGAGUUUGUUUGCUAAAUACGCUACUUUUUGA